UUUUUGGAAGAUGAAGGUAUAGAAAAUAUUACCUUGAUUGAUGUGAGAGAAAAAUGCGACUUUACUAAUUGGAUGAUAAUUGGAGAAGGAAAAACUACUAGACAUUUAAGUGGUGCAGCGAGUUGCCUUUAUAAAAUGUUAAAAGAUGAUAUAAAACGCCGAAAUGAAGAUCAAUCGAAUUCAUCCAUCAAUAACUAUCCGAUUGUUGAAGGCCUAGACUCAGAUGAUUGGAUUUUAAUUGACUCUGGAAAUAUGUUUAUACAUCUAUUCACUCCUGAAGAAAGAAAAUAUCGUGACCUGGAAGGGUUAUGGGAAAAUAUUGUCAUAUCAUCGCCUGAAGAAAGAAUGCGUCGAAUUGCUAAAAGUAUGGAACGAGAAUUUAAGGAUCACAAUCCGAAGUUUAUAAAACGUCCUCAUUUACUCAAUAGUGUUGAUUAA